GUGUGUACAAAGAGCUAUUUUAAGUUCCCUCCAAAAUAGAAAUGCGGAUAAUCGUUGGCCGAAGUUGCAGUGAAGAGCGGCAAUAGCAGCGAUGGAUUGCGGAAUGAUAUCAGUUGACCGGUGGGGGAGCGGAAGUCAAGCGUACUUCCUCACCCACCUCCACGCCGACCACACCCAGGGCCUCUCUCCCUCUUGGCGGCGGGGCCCGCUCUUCUGCUCCCGCGUCUCCGCCAAGCUCUUCCCUUCCAAGUUCUCUGGCUUCGACCUUUCCCUCCUCCGCGUCGUUGAUAUCGGCACCUGGUACUCCCUCUCCCUCGUGUCCCCUUCAUCCAGCUCCUUCUCCACUGUUAACUUCUUGGCCAUCGACGCUUAUCACUGCCCCGGUAUGCGGUCAAAUAGUCAAUUAUUGUUAAUGCUUUAAUUGCCAUGCCAUUUGCGUGGCCACAAAGUGCUCGACACUUUGCCUCAAUCAACUGUGGCCACAAAGUGCUCGACACUUUGGCUCAAUCAAGUCUGGCCACAAGGUGCUCGACGCUUCGGCUCAAGACCCGUGAAAAAUAGGCAGUUAAGUUUGGGAUAUGGCCUAAAACCGUGCUUUGGAUUUGAUUUCAAAAAACAAUAUGAGCAGUCAUGUAUCUGUUUCGUGGUGAAUUUGGAUGUAUGCUUUACACUGGUGAUUUUCGUUGGGAAGAAACAAGUGAUAGAGCACUUAUAGGAAGGGAAAUGCUACUUAAUGCUCUGAAGGAUGUAAAACUUGAUUACCUAUACUUAGAUAAUACCUAUUGUAAUCCAGCAUAUACCUUUCCUUCUCGUGAAGUGGCUGCUAAGCAGGUGUUGAAUAUCAUUGCCUCUUAUCCAGAGCAUGACAUUGUUAUUGCUAUUGACUCUCUGGGGAAAGAAAACCUUUUGGUAUACAUAUCUCGUGCACUUAAGGUAAAGAUAUGGGUGUGGCCGGAACGCCUGCAAACCAUGCAUCUCCUUGGUUUCCAUGACAUUUUCACAACCAAAACUUCUCUUACUAGAGUCCGUGCAGUCCCCCGUUACAGUUUUAGUAUAGAGACUUUAGAAGGUCUGAAUACGAUACGCCCCACCAUCGGAAUUAUGCCAUCUGGACUUCCAUGGGUAUUGAAAACCAAUAAGGGAAAGCCCAAUCCUUUUGGUCCAGAUAGGUACCAUCAGUACAUAUAUACUGUUCCAUACUCUGACCAUUCUUGUUAUCCCGAAAUACAAGACUUUGUGAAACUUUUAACUCCAAUUAAUAUUGAAGGUAUUGUUACUUCUGCCCCUUCUUACAUUAACAACCCCUUGUACUACUUUGGACAUCUUUGUGGGACAAAGCAUACACCACAGGUGGUAUCACACCAGCAGCUAGAAACCACAAGAAGUGGCAAUUCCAAGUUAGAAAGGAAGAAUGUGAUUAAGAAGUUGCAGAAGAGGGGGGGUCGGGUGAGUCGGGCGAGUCGGGCUAGCAUACUGAGGAGAGUGCAGCGAGGGGUAAAGGUUCUUGAUUCAGAAGCUAGUUUUGUUUAAUUUGUGUCUAUUAUGUAUGUGUGUGGACUGUGGAGUAAUCUACAACAAAAAUUCCUUUUGUACACGUUUUUGUACCCAUCAGUACACGCAAGUGUCUGUGAGAGUUUUUUUUUGUCUGUGAAGUGCGGUCCACAGACAAAAGCUGGUUUGUUUUGUCUGUGAAAUUUUCCACAGACAAAACAAACGAACUUAUGUCUGUGGACCGCGCUUCACAGACAAAAAAAAACUCUCACAGACACAUGCGUGUACUGAUGGGUACAAAAACGUGUACACCAAGAAUGGUUGAAUCUACAAUAACAAAGGGUCUAGUAGUUUGAUUUUCUAUCAUUAUUACAUGCACUGUCUUCUCGUACUCUGCGUUCGUUAUAACCGAUAUACGGACAAUAAGUCAUUUUGACUCACUCAAGAUUGAUACUUCAAAAAACUUGCACCGCAUAUUAAUUGCACUAAUUUGACUUUUACACUAUUUA